AUGCGCUCCUCCUUCAGCCAGAUCGUCGCAUCCCUCCUCCUCUUCCUCUCCGCCUUUGUCGCUGCCAACAACACCCCUCCCGCUGACGACUACUCCACUUACUAUGUCACCAAGACCGUCUUCCGCGUCGUCACGCAGACCAUGACUGGCACUCCUCCAGCCACUCCAAUCACCACUCCCGUUACCACCAUCGAGACCAUCAUUCCCUCGCACGGCAGCAACUCAACAAUGCACACCCCUACUUCCGGCGAGCCAAAUGGUUCAUCAGCUCCUGCGCCAACUGGUUCACAGGGUGCCGCUGUCGCACUACAAGCUCCGGCUGUUGCAGUGGGUGCCGUAGUCCUGGCAAUGCUCGCGCUAUAG